UAUUUAAGAGGAGCUAGUAAGAGUCUUGAAUAUAUUCUCUCUGACUCCAGAAGUGAGCACUGAAGAUCGACUCUGACAAUGGAGACACGCAGGACCCUCAUGAGGAGUUUGGCUGUUGCGCUGGUCAUUGCAUCUGUGAUCUGGACUACAACAGCUGAAGAACAAAAAGUGAAAGAAUCAUGCUGCACUAAAGUCUCCACAGCCAAGCUGACCGAUCCCAUCCUCAAUAUCAGGCUGCAACGUAGAAGUCUUCCAUGUGUGAAGGCCGUCAUCUUUGAGACGGAGCGGGGAUAUUUCUGCAGUGAUCCUAAACAAGAAUGGGUGAAGGAGAAAGUUAAGCAGUUUUUCAGACCUCAAACAAACAAACCCCUGACUUCCACAGCAGCCCCAACAUCAUCUAUUAGUGACCAAACUCAUGUGGGAGGAGCUACACAAGAAAUUGACAGCUCAUCAGUCACCAAUGUCUUAGAUUUAAAAUAAUAAUGUAGUAAAGUAUUUAGACCUUACAACAAGCAAUAAAGUUGAAGAGAUUUUGCUGUAGUAUUUUGGAACUUUUUUUGUCAAUUAUGCACAUUUAAAUUGAGUAUUUAUGACAAUUUGACAGUGACGGCUCUUAAUCUAUUCAGAAACUGAAUUACAGUGAAACUUUUUUGUAACAAUUGUGGUUUAAAUAUUAUAUUUUAUGUUUCACAUUGAAAUAUAUUUCACUCAACAUACAAGCAAUGGACUUGUGUCAUUAACUUGUGUCAAAAAGGCUGACGCAAGUCUGAGUGAAUUUUAGACUGAUUUA